UCGGUUCAGGCCACAGUCUUUUUCUCUAGGGCUGCAUCGUGCUCAGCUGGCCCCUCAAUCAACCCUGGGGGAUCUCUGGUACCACUUCGGUAUCCCGCCACUCAGUCUGGAAUCAUGUCUUGGGCUGCUCGCCCGCCCUUCCUCCCCCAGCGGCAUGCCGCAGGGCAGUGUGGGCCGGUGGGGGUGCGAAAAGAAAUGCAUUGUGGGGUCGCGUCCCGGUGGCGGCGGCGACGGCCCUGGCUGGAUCCUGCAGCGGCGGCGGCGGCGGCGGCAGCCGGAGAACAACAAACCCCGGAGCCGGAGCCGGGGGAGACUGGACUGGACGCGAUGGGCGACAGCGGGCGGGACUCCCGAAGCCCAGACAGUUCCUCCCCAAAUCCCCUUUCCCAGGGUGCUCCGCCCCAUUCUCCUCCUGGGCCACCUCUACCCCCUUCAGCAGCCCCUUCCCUUGGAGGCUCUGGGGCCCCACCCCCACCCCCGAUGCCACCCCCUCCCCUGGGCUCCCCCUUCCCUGUCAUCAGCUCUUCCAUGGGCUCCCCUGGCCUGCCCCCUCCAGCUCCCCCAGGAUUCUCCGGGCCUGUCAGCAGCCCCCAGAUUAACUCAACAGUGUCGCUCCCUGGGGGUGGGUCUGGCCCCCCUGAAGAUGUGAAGCCACCAGUCUUAGGGGUCCGGGGCCUGCACUGUCCACCCCCUCCAGGUGGCCCUGGGGCUGGCAAACGGCUAUGUGCAAUCUGCGGGGACCGAAGCUCAGGCAAGCACUACGGCGUUUACAGCUGCGAGGGCUGCAAAGGGUUCUUCAAGCGCACCAUUCGUAAGGACCUGACCUAUUCGUGCCGGGACAACAAGGACUGCACGGUGGACAAGCGCCAGCGGAACCGCUGUCAGUACUGCCGCUACCAGAAGUGCUUGGCCACGGGCAUGAAGAGGGAAGCGGUACAGGAGGAACGGCAACGGGGGAAGGACAAGGACGGGGAUGGGGAGGGGGCUGGGGGAGCCCCCGAGGAGAUGCCUGUGGACAGGAUCCUGGAGGCAGAGCUUGCUGUGGAGCAGAAGAGUGACCAGGGCGUUGAGGGUCCUGGGGGAACCGGGGGUAGCGGCAGCAGCCCAAAUGACCCUGUGACUAACAUCUGUCAGGCAGCUGACAAACAGCUCUUCACGCUUGUUGAGUGGGCGAAGAGGAUCCCACACUUUUCCUCCCUGCCUCUGGAUGACCAGGUCAUAUUGCUACGGGCAGGCUGGAAUGAGCUCCUCAUUGCCUCCUUCUCCCAUCGAUCCAUUGAUGUCCGAGAUGGCAUCCUCCUCGCCACAGGUCUUCACGUGCACCGCAACUCAGCCCAUUCUGCAGGCGUGGGAGCCAUCUUUGAUCGGUCCCUCUCCAGGGUGCUGACAGAGCUAGUGUCCAAAAUGCGUGACAUGAGGAUGGACAAGACAGAGCUUGGCUGCCUGAGGGCAAUCAUUCUGUUCAAUCCAGACGCCAAGGGCCUCUCCAACCCCAGCGAGGUGGAGGUCCUGCGGGAGAAAGUGUACGCGUCCCUGGAGACCUAUUGCAAACAGAAGUACCCUGAGCAGCAGGGACGGUUUGCUAAGCUGCUGCUACGUCUUCCUGCUCUCAGAUCCAUUGGCCUUAAGUGUCUAGAGCAUCUGUUUUUCUUCAAGCUCAUUGGUGACACCCCCAUCGACACCUUUCUCAUGGAGAUGCUCGAGGCGCCCCACCAGCUGGCCUGAGCCCCGACACAGACAUGGUGCUUCCCACACUUGAGGAGUGCACAUCGAGGGGGACUCCAAGCCUUGGGGCAGGGUGGGGAGGGGCCGUGUGCCUGGAGCGUUGGUGGGGUGAGGACUAGGGAGCAGGACUGAGACCUCUAGGGGAUCCAUCAACCCUCCAAGGGGUUCGCUUGAUAUCCCAAGUCAGAGGGGACCCCAGACUCUUGUGAGAGCUGGACCUCUUCCUUCAGUGGCCGCGAGUCUCUGAGUUUGUCGGGGUCUGCCGUGACGGGUGAGUUCUCACCUGCCCGGAGUGCUCUUCCCCAGCACACAGCACUGGCCUUGCUCCGGGGCCUUGCUCCCUUCUCCUCUUGCCUCACUUAGCUCCCUGUCUGGAGAGUGGAUAUGGGAACUCUCCCAGAGAUGGAUAUCGGGGGGCAGGCCCCCCAGAGUGAUGGACAUGGGAGUAGGGCUCCGACAGGCCUCCCUCUAGCCAAGUCUGGCAGAUGGGGGCUCCUCUGUCACCGCCCCCUGUCCGGAUCACCUCUCGCACGUCACCUGCAGUCAGACUGGAAAAUAAGGUGGUGGUGGUGAAGGGGUGGGUGGAGAUGUAGAAACCCAUCUGCUAUUUUUAAUUUCCUCUGAGGAUAGAGAUUUACAGUUAGACUCAAAGAAGUACUGUACUGUCCCAGGUCGACUAAGAUGCCAGUGGUGGAGGUGGAAUUUGGGAAAGGCAGGGCCUCAAGACGGUGGCCCUCGGGCUCUUGAAGCACUGGCCUCACCCCUCGCCCAUCUCGUCCUGUCUAACGGGGGAAGGGGCCUGGGCCGCGGUGGCGGGGGCUUCCCCAGCCCUGGGCGCACCCUGUAGGCUGGGGACACAGCCCGGCCUGCUCGUUGAGGGGAGGUGGCGGGCCUGUAGAGAUGGGGUGCCGGGGCUGCAUGAUUUUUGCCCUGCAGCUCUUCUCUCUGGGGUUUCUUUCCCUCUUUCACUCACGUAUAAAAUCGCUUUCAAAUUAAAAACGCUGUUUUCUGGA